CUUAUUCUGAAGAGCACGGCCCGGAAGCACUGUUUGCUUUGCAUUGAAAUGAAACUGCAACUGAACAGUGGGGCUCUUUACAGCUGGCGGAUGUUUCAUCAAGGAAAAUACACAGCAUGGAACUCUUCGAAAGUCUGGAAAUCUACAUCCCAGUGGAGGCUGAAGUGAAAAGCAUUUGUCUGUGGAGUUUACCAAACUCAGUGCUCAGACGAAUGGGCCUCCCCCUGUCUGACCCAGAGGGCUCCAGGACGCUCACAGAAUCUCCAGAGGGCAUAUGGAUUUGUCCAGCGGUCCUACGGAAGAAAGGCCAGAAACUGGCCUCCCACGCAGGAAACGGUGCGAUAGAAAAUGUGUCCUCACUGAUGGCCAAAGAGUUUCGAGCUGCACCGGGUCCCUUCCGGAUGUCUUUUGUCGCCUCCAACCACGCAGCUUACAAGGUGCUGAAGGACACCAUGCCUGGGAAAAAGGUCUCUGCAAACACAUCUCCCCUCUCCCACGCAUCUCCGGUCUCAGUUCCCCUGACCUACCAAGAUGCUGCUGUUGUCAUCUACCACGGACGCAUUUACCUGUCCAUCAGGAAGCCCAAUCACAGCCGGAGACGACGAGAGACACGUGAACCACAGCCAGCUUCAAAGUCCUCCUUUCCCUCAACAUCAGACAUGUCAGCUAAAAGCCAGACGAAGCACCAGUCCCCCCAGGCUUCUCUUCAACCCGCAAACAAACUGUUACAAAGGAAGAGACUGGGUAUCCCUUUGCCCCAAACCUCCCCAAAACAGCCAAAGGUGGUUCUUAGAAAAACAGCCUCCACCACAGAUCAGGAGCUGCUAAAUCCCAAGAAGAAACACACCACCCCUAAAGUAACACAGAGUGAAAACAGAAAGCAUGUUACGCACAAGGGAAGGGACGUAUCCUCAUCCAACACUGCAGCGGAAGCAGCAGUCCCGGAGUCAGCUUGGUUUCAGCCCGAGGCGGAGCAGGGGAAGGUGGCCGACGACGGCGGUGAGAUACAGGACCUGGGCGACGAAGAGAGCACCAAUCAAAACAUAGACAGCAAUCUACAAGCUGAUUGCGGGGAACCUGACAGCAUUGUAGAGCAAAGUAGUGGCCAGAGCUGGACCAGGAGAGAGUCCCAGGGUGCAGCUUCCACUUCACUGCAGCACGACUUUGAGGAGCUGGCGCAGGAGGAGAUGAUCGCUCGAAUGAAGGCCAAACUCAGACAGAAUGAAGCAGCUCUCAGCAACCUGCCCUCGUCAUAAUGACAGCUGAGUCACAGUGGACGGCAGUGACGAGGCUUCUGUUCCCCAUGAAAUAAACUCCCAUUUAAAAUUAGGGUCCCAUCCUCAAACUGCUGAGGGACCUCUGUCAGUGCAGAAAUGACAGACUGAGACUAAUGGACACUAAGGCGCUAGGGCCGCCAACAGGACACUUUACACAUGGCCUCACGGCUGUUGAGGCUCUAAGGAUAGCAAAAUAGAAAAAUAGUUGCACCCUGACUGCUGCAGAACAUGGAUAUCAUCCUCUGGCUUUAUUUCACACGUCACACUUGACAGAACCUGGCGUCGGAGACUCGGCUGCAUUAGUAGCGUGCUAUUAGCGGCCAAUGUAACCUGCAGCAGGCCACAGAGGUCUCAACAGAUUGUUUUCAUGUUCAAACGCUGGCUCAAAUUUAUCAAACUUCACACAGCUCUCUCGUGAGUCAGGCUUUGACUGUGUGUGAUCUUUUCCUUUAUAAGCUGGGCACAUCAAAUGAUUAUUUUCGGGGCUUUACUAUUAUCUGACUAUGUUGAGAAAUUGUCAACCUAUUGGGAACGUUUUAGUUUUAGAAGGAUUAGUGUAACAUAUUUAUUCUGCUUUGUUGUGGGACGCCAUUUGUGGUCGACUUCUCUCCUUUAUGUAUUUAUGCACAUGCAUCUUCUACCUUAGAGACUAUUUAUCAAAGAGCCAAAUCUCAUUUUUCAUGUUCAACACAGACACAUUCACUUUUGGCAAAGUGUUUGUUAUUGACUUUUACAAAUGAUAUUUCAUAGGCUAUAUUUGUGUUACUGCAGAUAUCUCUGUCAGCAAUAAAGAAAUGAGUGAGUGUA